UGAGUGAUCUAUGUUUUAGUAAGGUUGGCUACUUAGCGUUCAUAGCAAUGGUUAUCAACUGUACUGCUGUGAUUUAACGUAAAUCACAGAAAAUGGAUGUUGUGGUGCCAUCUGCAGAGAAAUACUUGAGGAUACGAGAUUUGACUAAAGAAGAGUUACAGAAUGUGUUGAGUGGUAGUGUCCCGACCUCUCAGGUCAUUGGCCUGGGGUAGGAUCAGAUGGGGUUAAAGUAGUGGAAUAACGUGGUGGGUUUUAAUGAGUGUAGGGUUAGUAAGAUAAUGAAAAAACAUUUUGUAUUGAAUUUGACCCAUUUUGUAUCACAAAGUGUAACGGAUUUAUACUAUAGCUCAUUUGGGGCGGUAACGCAACAAAUUGGAUGCCAACCGCCGUUAAACUCCACCGAAGAAGAAGAAGACUACGACAAAGAAGAAGAAGAAUGAUUAUUUCUGGCUGUAGUUGACGCAUGAAGUUUCACAUUUCCUCUGCUUUUUUGUUGUUGAUUUUGGCAACAUUCAGAAACUCGCUGGCCCCACCAAUCCCUACCAUUAUGCCUGCUCUAUUAGAGAGGCCCAAACUGUCCAAUGCCAUGGCACGCGCCCUGCACAAGCACAUCAUGCGGGAGCGAGACCGCAAGAGACAAGAGGAGGAAGAAGUAGACAAAAUGAUGGAGCAGAAGCAGAAGGAGGAGGAAGAAAGGAAGAGGAAGAAAGAGGUGGAGGAGAGAAUGUCUUUAGAUGAGACAAAAGAGCAGAUCAUGAAGAUGGGGGAGAAGCUACAAGGGCUACAAGAGGAGAAACACCAGCUCUUCCUCCAGUUGAAGAAAGUGCUCCAUGAGGAGGAGAAGAGACGGAGGAAAGAACAGAGUGAUAUGACAACCCUGACAUCAUCUACGUACCAGCCCAGCAUGGCUAUCCACUCAGGACAACACCUGCUCAGCAUGCAAGCGGGUCAAGUGAGUCACGGCCGCUCUGCUGCCCUGCUAGGAGAACGCAGUAAACAGCUCUUCCAGUCCCCUGUCCUUCCGGGGCGUCACUACCAGAGCCAGCCAGGGAUGAGCUCCGGAGGCUUGGAGCAUGGGCAGUAUGCAUCCAGCCAGGCAGCCCAUGGCCCCUACGGCCAGCUCACCCAGGCACAGCACGGCACUCCCUUCGCCCCCAGCCAGUCUGUCCCUGUCAGUUACGCCAGCAGCUCACAGCUCAGAGGUGCCUCAGCCUUCCAGGCCAUGCAGUACCUGCCUCAACAGCAGCAGGGCUACGCUGUACACAGCCACUUUACCUCUCAGCCAGGAUUCAUCCCUAGUGCUGGGAUCCCUCUACAGAAGCAACUGGAACAUGCCAAUCAACAGUCUGGCUUCACUGACUCUAGUGCUCUACGGUCCGUGCACCCUCAGGCUCUUCAUGCCAGUGCUGCAGGCCUGCUGCCUACCCCCUCCCUCACAGUGCAGAUCCCUCCUGCCAAGUCUGGCUUGCCAUACACCCAUCCCCCCUGUCCGGCUUCUCCAGGAAGCUUCACUCAUGGAACUCCUCCACAGCAGGCUCACCCAGCAACGUUUCAGAGCUCUCCUCGGCAUGCCUACCUUUCCCACAGCCAAUCAGGACAGAGGUUCUACCACCACACCAAGUAAACUGGCAACAACCACCACCAGCAAUUAGGGAUUGGCAUCAUUCUCCACACAGAUGUAGGCUUCAACUUUAACUGCUGAAAUAGUACAUCAAUGUAGCGUUUCUUCUGCCAAAAUGUUGCAUUAUAUCCCAUAAUGUGUAUAUUGACUACUUUCAGUAUGCAUUAGCAUGUUUUUAAAAUUUGAUAUAACAAAAUCUAAAUUUCAAUAGAUAAGCUUUGUUUCAUAAAGGGUGUCUCAAUCAUGACAUACUAUGAUAGAGAAUUGGUAGAUUCAGAAUGAUAAUAUUUGCAUUCCAAACAAUGGUGCUGUUUUCCUUGUUGAUGUGUUAGCAAAUGAACCCAAGCUUCAGUACUCUGUGCUAUUCACUUUUUACUGAUAAUGAAGGCCUCUUAAAAUACUCUUAAUAUUUGUGUUCUUAUUUAAAACAUUUUAAAUGAUUAAAUGUAAACCCUUCUCAGGGCCCAUGGAGGAAAUGAUCAUUUGCAAGGAAGAACUCUUCGAUUCACUUAAACAUGCUGCAUUUGUAGAAGCCAUAUUUUCCUAAACUUUUUAAAUGAAAAUCUACUAAUUUUAUUAAAUUGCACUUGAAAAGUAAA